CUCUUAAAUCACACAAAUCUUUUCCAAUGGCUGAAAAAUGGACCUCAAACAGCUCUAUAGCUGUAGUCAUGGUACCACUUCCAGCACAAGGCCAUCUCAAUCAACUCCUUCAUCUCUCUCGACUCGUUUCCUCGUACAAUAUCCCUGUCCAUUAUGUUGGAACCACUACUCACAUUCAACAGGCGAAAAUUCGGGCUCAUGGCUUUGAUCCUGUCACCAUAACAAAUAUUCAUUUCCAUGAAUAUCAAACACCUUCUUUUGAAACUCCCCUUCCAAAUCCUAAUGCUUCUAACAAAUUUCCAAACCACCUAAUGCCUUCUUUUUACGCCACGUUCCAUCAACGCGAGCCAAUUUGUGCUCUAGUACGCGAACUUUUGAGCGUGAAUACUAAGAAAGUGGUUGUUAUUUAUGAUAAUUUGAUGAAUUGUGUGGUUCAAGAUUUGCAUGAAAUGCCAAAUACUGAGUGCUAUUCUUUCAAUAGUACUUCAGCUUUUAUGUCAUAUUCAUUUUUGUGGGAAUUCAAAGGAAAACCUGUCUUACCUGGAACUGAACAUUAUGACGAUAUACCAUCAAUUUUAGACUGUUUUCCUACAGAGUUUUGGGAUUUUUUGAAGAUACAAGAACAAUUUGAUGGGAAGAUUCAUUGUGGUAAACUUUACAAUUCGUCGCGAGUAAUAGAAAGUUUGUACCUCGAUUUAAUGGCCAAAGAGUAUGAUGGAUUGAAGCAAUGGGCUAUAGGUCCAUUCAAUCCUUUAGAGCCAAAAGAGAAGAGCAAAGACUCAAAUAAACGCCACGAAUCCCUCGAUUGGCUUGGCAAACAAGAACCAAACUCAGUUAUUUUCGUGUCAUUUGGUACGACUACUUCGUUGUGUGAUGAAGAAGUCAAAGAACUCGCGAUUGGUCUAGAGAAAAGCGAGCAAAAGUUCAUUUGGGUACUCAGAGAUGCUGACAAAGGAGAUGUUUUUACAAGUGAAGUUAGAAAAGUUCAAUUGCCUGAAGGAUAUGAAGAAAGAAUAAAAGAAAGAGGGAUUAUAGUAAGAGAUUGGGCACCACAAUUGGAAAUUUUAGCACAUAGUUCAACAGGCGGUUUUAUAAGUCAUUGCGGAUGGAAUUCGUGCAUGGAGAGUAUGUCAAUGGGAGUUCCUAUAGCAGCCUGGCCAAUGCAUUCAGAUCAGCCAAGGAAUUCUCAACUUGUAACAAAGUAUUUGAAAAUUGGACUAACUGUUAGGCCAUGGACGCGUCGAGAUGAACUUGUUACAUCAAAAAUAAUUGAAAAUGUUGUGAAAACUUUGAUGGAUUCAACAGAAGGAGAUGAGAUGAGGAAAAGAGCAGCAGAUUUGAGUAAUACUAUCAAAAAAUCAGUCAAGGAUGAUGGCAUAAACCGCGCUGAGAUGGAUUCAUUCAUCGCUCAUAUUACUCGUUGAAAUUAGAUUUAUCGGUACAAUAUCUGUAUGAAAUUAUAAGAAUUACUAUACUCUUAAGAAUGGUGUAAUAUAUGAAUUUAUAUCAAUAGUCUAUUAAGUAUGUCACGUGAACAGGAGGUCAACGGUUUGAGCCACGAAAACAGCCUCUUGCAGAAAUGCAGGGUAAGACUGCAUGUGGUCUUGCCCUUCCCAGACCCCGCGCAUAGCGGGGACUUGGUGCACCGGCCUGCCCUAGUCUAUUAAGUAUGCAGUAUCAUGGUUAUUUUCGAGUUCCAAGCUAAGGGAACUGCUCCCUUUCUAUCUGUUUUUAGCCUCUUUAACUGAAGUAUAUGUUCUACUUA